CUAAUAACAGUACAUUACUUGUUAAUGAUCAUUUGGUAAACAAUACUCGAGAAGUUAACACGUCAAUCAAUACUGUAAGUUAUUGCACAAUGUUGUUGCAAGUGUUAAUGUUCUUGUGUUUCAUAUUUACACUAAUAUACAUACUAAAGAAGAGGAACUACUGGCGGAGUAGAGGAAUUACCGAAGUAGAAGGCAGCCUUUGGAAAUUCACUUUUGGCGAUCGCUCUUUGCCAGAGUAUUACAAAGAGAUAUACGAUAAGUAUGACGACGAACAGAUCGGAGUAUACCUCGGUUCUAUCCCAUCUCUGAUGCUGAAGAAUCUGGACGACAUCCAGGCUGUCAUGGCCGGUGACUUCCAAAGUUUCUACAAGCGCGGACUAACUGUUAACAAGUCUGAUAUCCUCGGAGACAAUAUUUUGUUCAUCGACGAGUAUCCGCGUUGGAAGCUCUUACGGACGAAACUGACCCCAGUUUUUACGAGCAUACGACUGAAAACCAUGUUUCUUAGUAUAGAGAAAUGCGCUAAAGAUUUUGUUGAUUUGAUCGAAAGUGACGAAACGUUGAUGAAGAAGCCUUUUGAUAUGUUGUACACGUUCACAGCGGCGUCUAUAGGAGCAGCAGUGUUCGGGAUAGACAUAGGAGGCAAAAAAGCAAUGGAGUCUCCUUUCGUGAUCAUGGCGUGGAAAGCACUCACGCCAUCAUUCUCAACAAAUCUGAAAUUCCUGACCAGCAACGCCUUUCCCUGGUUGUACAAGACGUUGCAGCUGAGGUUCUUUAGUGAACAUGAAGAAUUCUUCAUCGGAGCGGUGAAAAGCGUUUUUGAGGCCCGUCGUAAAGCUGAGAAAAGGAAUGAUUUCAUCGAUUUGUGUUUGGAACUGCAGAAAAACGGAACAAUGAAGGAUUCCACUACAGAAUAUGAGUUGGAACCAACUGACGAAGUGCUCGCUGCUCAAGCAUUCUUUUUCUUCAUAGCAGGAGCUGAUACUACAGCAAAUGCCUUACAUUUUAGUCUUCUAGAACUGGCUGGACAUCCAACUAUUCUGGCAAAACUGCACAACAAUAUAGACGAAGUUUUCAAAGACGGCAAAACUGCAAUCAGCUAUGAAGAUAUGGACAAACUGCAGUACCUGGACAUGGUAGUGAAUGAAGCGAUGCGAAAAUACCCUCCUGUCGGUCAACUCCAAAGGAUCUGUACCAGAAACACUGAGCUGCCGAGCAACAAACUUAAGAUAGAGAAAGACACUGGUGUAGUAAUCCCGAUAUACGCGAUUCAUAGAGAUGAGAAGCUGUUCCCAAACCCUGAAGUGUUUGAUCCCGAGAGGUUUUCACCGGAGAACGUACAGAAGAUGCAUAACUACAGUUUUAUGGCGUUUGGCGGUGGGAAUCGUAUUUGUAUUGGUAUGCGGUUCGCGCGGCUGCAGCUAAAGGCGUGCCUGGCGUGGCUUCUGCGGAAGUACACCCUGGAGGAGAAGGUCUACAGGCCAGAGCGGUUCGAGCGUAGUUCCUUCAGUCUGCGCGAUACUAAUGCUACUUACAAGCUUAUACGAAGAAAUAAUAACUAAAAUUCCGUUUAACAUAUUGUUUUGCUAUUUUUUUAUGUAUUUUGUAGUUUUAUAUUAUAAAUUUCUUUUUAAUAAAUUGUAUUUGCUUAGUUAUC